UCAACUAAUGACGUGCAGGAUCGUUCGCAACUUUUACGCGGUAGCGUUGUGACGUCGUCUGCUUAUCGAACCGCGAGCGUUCCUGACGGCGAUUCCCAGAACCAUUCUCACUCGAUAGCCACGAUAAGGACAGCUGUCGUUGUCUGGUGCACGAAUUUUCAGCAAUAUGGCGAAGUGUGUCAAGGGGGGUUCAGUGUAGACGUAGUGUCGUUUUGAAAGAUGACACGCUCACGGUAUGGGUUGAGAAUAAUGUAGCGAUACGUGUGAAUUCGUGCGAGGGUUGACGUAUUCACGUGCACGUAACUACGCCGAACGGUUCUCCGCGAUCGUAUGAUACGAGGUGCGCACGUUACCGGUGUGCAAAAGCCAUGGCUACGGAUAAAAUAAAGGUUGCCGUACGGGUCCGGCCAUUCAAUCGCAGAGAGCUGGAACUCGGUACGCAAUGCGUCGUCGAGAUGACGGGGCAGCAAACUAUCCUGCAGCACCCCACCACGAUGGACAAGAUCGAUCGGAACAAGCCGAAGACCUUCGCUUUCGAUCACUGCUUUUACUCCCUGGAUCCUGGAACGGAAAGUUUCGCAUGUCAAGAGGUUGUUUUCGACGCCCUGGGUCGUGAUAUUUUAGACAAUGCAUUUCAGGGUUACAACGCGUGUAUAUUUGCCUAUGGACAAACCGGCUCCGGGAAGUCUUACACGAUGAUGGGCAGCGGUGAUAACAAAGGGAUAAUACCACGGUUAUGCGACAACCUCUUCGACAUGAUUGCGAAGCAGCAGAGCUUCGAGCUCACGUACAAAGUCGAGGUUUCGUAUAUGGAGAUUUACAACGAAAAGGUGCACGAUCUCCUGGACCCGAAGCCGAACAAGCAAUCGCUCAAAGUCAGGGAGCACAAUGUCCUGGGGCCGUACGUGGAUGGACUCAGCCAGUUGGCGGUCACUUCCUUCCAGGACAUCGACAACCUUAUGGCGGAAGGCAACAAGUCGCGGACAGUCGCGGCGACGAACAUGAAUUCCGAGAGCUCCCGCUCGCACGCCGUGUUCUCGGUGAUUCUCACGCAGACCCUAACGGACUCGAAGAGCGGGGUCAGCGGAGAGAAGGUCUCGCGGAUGAGCUUGGUGGAUUUGGCUGGGAGCGAAAGGGCUGUGAAAACCGGAGCAGUAGGUGAUAGGCUUAAAGAGGGAAGCAAUAUUAACAAGUCUCUAACGACAUUGGGUCUAGUCAUUUCGAAGCUGGCGGAUCAAAAUGGCAGCAACAAGAAGAAGGACAAUUUCGUGCCGUACAGAGAUUCUGUCCUUACGUGGCUCUUGAAGGAUAAUCUCGGCGGCAAUAGCAAAACAGUUAUGGUGGCCACUAUAUCGCCAGCCGCCGACAAUUACGAAGAAACGCUGUCGACUCUCCGAUACGCCGACAGAGCGAAGAGGAUAGUCAACCACGCCGUGGUCAACGAGGAUCCCAACGCCAGAAUCAUUCGUGAACUCCGGCAGGAGGUUGAAACCUUGAAGGAAAUGUUGUUGCACGCCACAGGUUCCAUCGUCGGUCAACAACGCACAGAUAUCACAGAGAAGCUAUCAGAAUCGGAACGACUGAUGAAGGAGAUGUCACAGACGUGGGAGGAGAAGCUGGUGAAAACCGAGAGAUUGCAGCACGAGAGGCAGCAGGCUCUGGAGAAAAUGGGGAUAAGCGUACAAGCGUCCGGUAUUCAAGUCGAAAAGAACAAAUAUUACUUGGUCAACUUGAACGACGAUCCGAGUAUGAACGAAUUACUGGUUUAUUACCUCAAGGAGAGAACGCUCAUAGGCGGUCGCUCGGCGAAAACGGAACAGGACAUUCAAUUGCACGGCCUGGGCAUCCUACCGGAACAUUGCGUUAUUACGAUAGAGGAAUCGGGCCUACACAUGAUACCGCUGAAUGGCGCACGGUGCUUUGUCAACGGCACGCAAGUCGUGGACAAAACCCCGCUACAGCACGGCGAUAGGAUCGUUUGGGGGAAUCAUCACUUCUUCAGAGUGAAUUGUCCAAGGAGCGCCACAGCGAUCAAUAGCGAGCCGCAAACUCCCGCUCAGAACAUCGACUACAACUUCGCCAGAGAGGAGCUUAUGCUUAAUGAACUUUCCAACGAUCCGAUUCAAAGAGCUAUUGCGAGGCUGGAAAAGCAACACGAGGAAGAUAAGCAGGUCGCGCUUGAAAAGCAGAGGCAGGAAUACGAACGACAGUUUCAACAAUUGCGCAACAUUCUGUCUCCCUCCACGCCGUAUUCACCGUACGUACCGUACGAUCCUCUAAGAGGCAGUCAAAGCGGCAAGCUGCCGGCUUGCACGCCGACAACGCAAAUGCGGGUCGAAAAGUGGGCACAGGAGCGAGACGAGAUGUUCAAGCGUAGCUUGGGUCAACUAAAAACGGACAUCCUAAAAGCCAACUCUUUAGUGCAGGAAGCUAAUUUCCUCGCGGAGGAGAUGGGCAAACAGACGAAGUUUAGCGUCACUCUGCAGAUUCCUCCGAAUAAUCUAAGUCCGAAUAGAAAGAGUGUAUUCUUUCAGCGGGGCGCGUUUGUCAGCGAGCCCGCGAUUUUAGUGAAGAGGACGAAUAUGGGAAGUCAAGUGUGGUCCAUGGAAAAACUAGAAAAUAAGUUAGUCGAUAUGCGAGAUAUGUACGAGGAACGGAAAGACCCUCACAACUGUCAGAGAUUACCAGCGAUCAAGGACGAAAUACCAGGAAAAACACAAGAUCCAUUCUACGAAUCUCAGGAAAAUUACAAUCUUAUCGGCGUUGCAAAUAUUUUCUUAGAAGUACUAUUUCACGACGUGCGAUUAGAUUAUCACACACCGAUUAUUAGUCAGCAAGGAGAGGUCGCUGGUCGACUGCAAGUUGAAAUAAGCCGUAUAUCUGGGCAAUUUCCACAAGAUCGGAUCUGCGAGGCUGCCUCGGAAUCCUCCGCAGACUCGACGUCCUCCGAGCCGGACGACUACACCGGAGGCUCCAGCCACAUCACUUGUCGCGUGACGAUAAAACAGGCCACCGGCUUACCGCUCUCGUUAAGCCAUUUUGUGUUUUGCCAAUAUAUGUUUUGGGGCCAUCCAGAACCGAUAGCGGUUCCGCCUAUGGUCAACGCAGAGCUACCCAAUCCGAAUUGCACCGGACAAAGGGACUCGUUGGCAUUCAAGUUCGAGCACACAAAAGACUUCACUGUACCCAUUACGGAAGAAUUUAUGGAACAUGCCACUGAGGGAGCAUUGAGUAUAGAAGUAUGGGGCCAUCGCAGCGCGGGUUUCUCACGUAGUAAACCAGGAUGGGAAGUGGAACAACAGCAGUUGGCGAAAGCUAGAUCGCUCGCCGACCGUUGGUCGGAAUUAACGAGAAAGAUCGAAGUCUGGGUGGAGAUACAAGAAUUGAACGAGCAGGGCGAAUAUUCGCCCGUCGAAGUCGCAGUGAAGCAAGAUACAUGUACAGGUGGCAUUUAUCAGCUGCGACAAGGCCAACAACGUCGGAUACAAGUCCGAGUGAAACCAGUACAAAAUUCCGGAACUUUACCGAUUAUCUGCCAAUCGAUAUUAAAUAUAGCCGUUGGAAGCGUGUCCGUACGCAAUCGACUGCAAAUCCCAUUAGAUAGUUAUCAAGACGAAGACUUGAGUAUAUUGAGAGAAAAGUGGAGCGACGCUCUGAUGAGACGAAGACAGUACCUCGAUCAACAGAUUCAAAAGCUCAUUAACAAACAAGAUAAAACGGAACAAGACAUGGAGCGAGAACAAAGUCUCGUCGACCAGUGGGUGAGUCUUACAGAGGAACGAAACGCUGUUCUAGUUCCUGCGGCGGGUUCCGGUAUCCCUGGCGCUCCCGCCGAUUGGACUCCUCCCACAGGAAUGGAACCCCACAUCCCCGUAUUAUUCCUCGAUCUCAACGCUGAUGAUCUCUCAACGCAUCAAUCGGGAGAGGAAGUGUCGGUGACGGGACUGAACUCGAUCCUACCCAAAGAACACGGAAACAAGUUUUAUAAUCUACCGAUCAUUCGACAUUUAGAGAAAGACGUAUGUGCCAUCGCUGCUUGGGAUUCCAGUAUACACGACAACGUGCACCUCAACAGAGUGACUGAUGCGAACGAGAGAGUGUUUCUAAUUUUGAAGACCACCGUUCGCCUGUCGCAUCCAGCGCCAAUGGAUCUCGUGCUGCGUAAAAGAUUAGCUUUAAAUAUAUAUAAGAGGCAAAGUAUCACGGAUAGAAUUUUCAAGAGGAUCGUGCGAACCGAUUGCUUGAUACAAACCGGCGUCACUUAUGAGGUGGUCUCAAAUAUACCAAAGGCGAGCGAAGAGCUGGAAGAUCGCGAGAGUUUAGCGCAAAUCGCUGCUAGCGGGGAAGAUAACAGCUUAUGCGACGGGGAAACUUACAUAGAAAAAUAUACGCGCGGCGUGUCCGCCGUCGAAAGUAUAUUAACAUUGGAUCGAUUACGGCAGAGUGUCGCUGUAAAGGAAUUGUUACAAGCACAAGGACAGCCACUGAUGCGAAAGACUGCAAGUGUUCCAAACUUCUCGCAGAUUAUGAGAUUUGAUACGUCAAUGGACUCGCUGAAUGUUACUCGUUCGGAAAGUGUUACCGAUCUCAAUACGGAAAUAAAUGGUCUGCCGCAUCCGCGACGCGCGUCUAUAGGUCACGUAAGAAAUGACGAGAACUUUAUAGCUGCGCCGCCAAAACCAUUUGGAAUAGGCUCCAUUCUGAACUCAGCGAGACCAACUUUCCUGAAUCUCAACCUGAAUCUCAACUCAUUGACACGUCUUCAACAAUCUACCUCUGCCAAGUCGUCCCCGAACAUGGUCAGUAGCAAGCUGGGUCUUCGUAUGACCACCUUGCAUGAAGAAACGUCGAAUGUGGGGAAUCAAGCGUCCACUCCCAUCAACGAUGACGACGAGGAGAAAAGCGACGCCGAUUAUUCUGAAUACGACGCAUAUCAGGCCCCACCGAAACCGGUAAAGCCGCUAACUUCUUCACGCACACUGGAUUCUCUGGUCGAGUUGCAAUCGACGAAGAUCAACACGCCAAGUAUGAGUAGCAGCGGUUACGGUUCCCAGGCCGUCUCCACGACGAAUCUGACCUCAGAAGACUCCAUUUCCAUCAAGUCUAUCAGCGUGGACGAAACUCCGGAUCUCGAAUAUCGUAAUCUGCUUGACAGCAGGAGACCCGAGAAAAUGGACAGUUCCCUAGUUGAGGAAACGCCCGAAGAGUAUUUGGGCGAAGUGAACUCUACGUUGGACAACUUGAACAUUUCGCAAAGCGCUUGCAUAGAGGAACACACUAGAAAAAAUCAGGAGGAAACGGAAGCGUACGGGGAUACUGACAUUGACAGUCCAGUCUCUUCUACGAAGAGCGAAAGCGAAACUAGUAGCAAUGUGAUUCACAUUGAGGCUCAAAGGAAAGGUGCGCACGAUCAGAUUCUCGACGACAGGAGGAAAAGCGAGAUGGAGAUCAGCCAGACGUCCAAUUCGGGAGACGAUAGUUCCAUGGAGGGAACCUCGGUCGUACACACCAAACUGCCACCCGGCAAGGUCGUGCGAAGAAGAAAGACUUCUAGCGGUACAGGAAGGCCUACCAGUUCGCAGCAUAGAGCUUCGUUUCCUAUGGUCCGUCCACAACUUUCUGAGAGUAAGGCUGCAGCACAUUUGGAACAAACGCUACAACCCAAUAUGCCGUAUGAAAACGGCGACAAUAGUUCUUCGGAGAGAAUCGACGAUGAUGUUAACGACAAAAAUUCGGCGUUCGGUUCGAGACACGACUUAACGCGCGUGGAAGCUCCUGUACCGGACUGGGUCGUCGUCGGUGAAUCAGUUUUGGUUCGUCCCUACAGCUAUUCCGGAGUUAUAGCAUACGUCGGCCUCACAGAGUUCGCAUCUGGAAACUGGAUAGGAGUCGAACUCGACGCUCCAACCGGCAAGAACGAUGGUGCUGUUAACGGUCAGAGAUAUUUCACGUGCCGGCCAAAAUGUGGCAUAUUCGUUAAAGUGGAUAAGCUGAUCCAAGACAAGCGAGGAAGAGCGCUUAGAAGCUACACCAAGCAAGAAUCAGCACCACCGCCAUCCGCGUCAAUGCACAGGAGCGUUAGCAAAGGCGAAGGGUUACAUUCCUUGCACCGAAGUCGCAGCCGAGGGGAAGGCCUCUCCACAACAGGUACACGUUCUUUUCCACGCAAGUAAGCGGAUCACACACCGUUUCAUCAUUACUUCGCGUUACUGAAAGCCACUAUACAUGAAAAAAAAUAUCUCAAUUGCUACAUGCCUAAGAUAUGUGUAGCGGCAAUGUUUCAGUCUUUUAGACAUUAGGGCAGCUAUUGAUUAUUAAUUAUUACAAGGUAAUAUUUCAAAUAUUAGGUCAUUAAUGUACCACACAUGAAGCGUGGAAUGUUCUCGACUCGGAUUAUGCUGCGUGUGAGCAUAUAUUUCGCUAUUUCGAAGGUAGUGUUCGAUGCAUAAGCUGUUACUAUGUGUCGAAAAAGUCAGUUGCGACAUUCAUUGAUUUACGAGCAUUCCACAAGUUUUACUUUUACGACUGGUAUUACGGAACCAUUUACGUUUUCGCGCGAGAAGGGGAGAAAAAGCGGGACUUCGCGAUUUACAUUCUAAAAUAAUCAAAAGUCAGUGCGACGUUUCGUUUUUCUCUUUUUUUGCCCUCGGUAUAUCAAUCUCAGAUACAUGAUAACAACAAUUUGAUGUACAUAUUCCAUAUUGUAUAUUCCAUAUAAUAGUACUUUGCAUUUAUAAGAUUGAUUCAUUGGCGUUUGAUGCAAUGGAUGCGUUAAUAGAUCAUUAAUUAUUGGCGUUUUUACGAAUUAUUAGUUGAUACACUUUCCAAAAUUACCAUACGGUAAUUUACACGUUGGAAAAGUGCCCGACGGUCAGAUAAAAAAAAAAAUGUCAUCUCAACUCAUUUUACAUACGUAUAUAUAAAUAUAUAUAUUUUACCGCGUUGUGUAGAUUAUUUAAAGAUUUUAUAUGUAUACAAUUGUUUCAUAUACUGUAUUUUUUAGCGCAAUCUGUUAAGUUCCUUUUUAUUGUAACAUAACAUCUUCUGUCUUCGUUAUCCUGUUACGUGAACAUGACACAUCUUAAUUUAUACAUUGCAUUUCAAAUGCGUACGUUGCAUUUUUGAUAGUUGCAAACUGUUUCUUAAAUGCCAUUGUAUAAUUGUUUAAGAGACACGUUGCAAGUCCAAAGAUACAAUCUUUAAUAGAGUCGCAAUAUUAGGUUUAUAGAUUUUAGAUAGUAGGAGAUUCAAUAUAAAAAUGAGAGCUUGCGCUUCGUUUUAUUCAUUGCAUAGCUAUAUUUAUUCGUCUUUUUGAUAAACGUUUCUGUUACCGGUGUUGUCUCACUUUUUAUCAGUAUAGAUAUUAGCGGACCUUAGUAGAAAUUUUUAUAUACGCUUCAUAUCCUUUAACGUGAAUCUUUUCUGCUCAUUAUCGAAUAACGGUGUGUUCUUUCCACACUUGAAGAAUUAAUCUUGACUUUAUUUUGAAAUUUGCUAGGUAAUGCGUUUGCGUUCUGCGCGAAAUCAAACAAGGACUGUUACAAUUUUUUCUCAAUUCACGGAAUAGAUUGUGUGGUGAAAAAAAAUAUGAAAAAAAAAAAAACAAAAAAGUAAGCGAUUAAUAAUUAAGGUUACUCAUACGUUCGCCCAAAUUGUGAAAACAACUCCUGUCCAAUUAGAACAAUACUUAUAUUAUCAAAUAAUGAAUAUAUUACUGUAUGUAAUAUUUAUUGAAUAUAAUAAUAAUCGCUGCGGCGCAAUGUUUCCUUAUCGCGGCGGACAAUAUCCACCUUGUUUUGUGUACGUAAAUGACAAUUGUCUUCGCGACGAGGAAACCUUGCAAACGGCGGCAUCUGUCCAUUUUUGGUAAUCAAGAUUAUUGAGGAAGAGACACAAAUUUAAGAUUCCACGUCGCAGUGAUGCUACAUGUCUGCCCGGCGUUGAAACGUUAAACUCUUUGAUUUCGAUCACUUAAACGUUUUCGGUUCGCGCUUUAGUACGAUGCAAUCGACACAUUGCAUUUCUUUCGACGCAUUGGAGCUCGUAUAUCACCUGUGGAGCAAAGAUUUAUUUCGCUCUUUCUACUUUGCACACGAUGCACGAUACAAAAAGGAAAGUAACUCAAAAUCUCUGAGAAAGUCAUAUACGAUUUCCAUUGCACAUCUCGAUAUCUCAUAAAUAACAAUGUUGUGUGAAUUGUGUUCUCUUGAACCCUUUAUAAGACACAAUUAUACUGAAAUUAUUGUUUUGCCCUUCAAUUCAAUAAACAAUAUAUUAGUAGAACAGAUGAUACUUUUACUAAUAUAUUAGAACAUUCGAAAAGAGUUUUAUAACAAACACAUCCAUAAAUUAAGUAGAAACUGAAAAACGUACUAACACUACAAUCGAGGAAAUAAAACUUCUUUAACCAACAGCCUUAUAAGGGGUUAACGUUAAAGUGUUUAUUAUUACGUUGUCGGGGGAGAAAAAAAGAAAACUAGGUUUCGAAAAGCUGCAGCAGAGCAUUUAGCAUUGACAGAGCUUACACAGCCUAUUCCAUCCCGCAAUAAGACAAUGUCCAUUUUUACCGUUACAAUUGUCUACAGAUAAAUCGUUCACACUAUACUUUGUACCCUAAAUGAUUCUAGAAUAUAAUAUUUUCGACCAAUCGGUUUUACGAAUGUCUCUGUGGAAGAUUUCCGAGUUUGACAUUUGACUCCGCGUGAUUGCUACGAAUAGCACGCCGCGGUCUAAAAAGUUCCAAAGAGUCGCACGUGGGGAGGGGUCCACGAUUUUAAAUCUCCUAACUAAAUGGCUGUGAAACAAAUUGAUGUUUUGCUGUACACGCUGCUCCCUCAUUUUUAUCCUAACGCUAAAAAGAUGCCGAGCAUCGAAUUAUACGCUCCAUUGUUCGUGACUCCAAGUCGAACUAUCGCGAAACUCAAAAAAUGUCUCGAACGAGCUUUCGAUUAGUUGCGCAAAAUUACGUUUGCCUCGCGCGAUUACUGAGCGCGCCUCUAACGAAAGGAUGCAAUGCUCGAAUAAUUUAUUUUUUGAUCGCAAAUCUCGAAGUACAAUGAUAAAAUAUAAAAGGCACUGUGUACAUCAAACAAAUUUGAGGAUCGCGUCGAUAAGACGAUCGAAGAUUAUCAUUUUUAUAACGGAAAAGAUAAUUAUUUAUCGCAGCAUUUUAAUUCUUGUCUCGAAAACGUUUUCCGGAGACACUCUUCUGCCCGAUAACAUUAGCAUUUAUUAUUACAUUAUGUCGCGUACAUUGCGUACACGCAUUAUUAACGUUGUCACAACAUACAAAUUAGCAAUGCUACUUAUAAUAAUAUAUUUACUUGGGAUGAUUCACUCCUCGAAGCACCUUAUCGACCGCGUUUAUCAGUGGGGUCGCACUUAAAUAUCGUCAAUUAAGCGAAAAGUGCGGGGAAAAUGUAAUAUUGAAUUCGGAACUCUUCUAAACCGCUUCACACAAAUGAGACUGUUCGAACGAUCGUAUUAGUAUAAAACCUAACACAUGUAUAUGUACAACAUAAGCCUCGAAAUUGGUGUUAUAUUUUAAUGUAAUGUAUAAAAAAGAAAAAAAGAAAAAAGACACAAAGGGGGGAGAAAUAACAGGCGAGAGUAUGUGUGCGAGGAAAGAGUGAGACGAGACACCUAUUCGUACUCACGCAUACGUACAUCCGACACAGUAAUGUAAGAGAAAAUCAGCAAGGUGUGUGUACACUUGCUUCGUCUCUCCGUUCCUCAUUUAUUCUAGCCACGUUAAAAUGGAUACCGCAUUUACCGCGACGGCACUAUACAUACGAUAGACUCACGACGAAAAAUUCUUACGCGUUCAACUCGAUGUAAUUGAAUAGGACUGUCAGACUGGCAGUUGACAUCGAAUACACAGCUGUCUCUCUCGCCGCUUGAAGCUAGUAAUCCACUUGCUAGAGACGCCACGUUUGUGCCGAGUCCACGCUAAACUCUAGUACUUCGUAACUCUUUCUCCACGGGCGAAGAGUUAUCCUUCUUUCCGAGAAAGUCUAACUAAAAAUCAGUUAUCAAAUAGACUCAUCCACUAAGCUAUAGGGAGGAUUCACUUUUCGAAUCAACAACAUCUCGAAAGUAAAAGUCAUAGUAACUUGCGUCGUUGAAAAACUUGAUGUCGACGUGUAGCUCCGAUCUGUUGAAUCGAUCAAUCUUAUAUGGAUCAAAUGGAUACCUAGCUUAAAGUUAAGAAUCUCCGGAAUCGACACUGUUUCUGUCUACUUAAUAACGCUAAAUACAUUGCGCAAUAGAGAGACUUGCCACAAGAAAGCGAGAUAGAAAUGAAAGAAUCAGCGAAUAGUUACAGUCGAUAUCGGCGAUUUUACGUUGUAAGUGUAGAGCUUCUUCUGCCAGAAAUAAUGAAUGAUACAGUUGAUAACUAGAUGAUAAGAAUUUCGGGAAUUCUUUGUAGAUCGAUAGGAUGCUGUGUCGUUUGAUCUGGUUGUAGAUAACCGGAAAUAGGAAAGCCUAUUUUUGCAUUGUGUGAUUAAAGACAAAAAAAAAGGUAUUUAACCGACUCAUAUUCACCGAAAUAUGCACUUUGAUCGAAGUGUUAUACAAAGCUCCAAACUAUACAAAAGCAACUUUGUAGGAUGUUGAUCGUCAAUGUCGUAACGGUAUAUAAUGUGAUUCAUAUAAUUCAUAUUCAAAUGUAAUGCUCAUUGAUAUAUGCUUACUUUCUUUUUAGAGGUUUCUGCAGUUUUAUAUAUAAAUUAUCGCUUUGUAAUUUCCUUUCGUUUCUUCGACCGUUGCAAUUUCUUUUGCGUAUUAUUCAGUAGAACGAAAUGUAAAAAAUCUUAAAUAAUUUAAUAAUCCUGUAGCGCGACAUUAAUUAACACUUUGCUGUUCAAAUUAAAAUUAAACUUUGAACAUACUUCACGAUAUAAUUGAGGAUUAUUACAGUUGUAGUUACAAAGAGAAGAAUCGUCAAAACUUCAGAAGUAGCGCAAUAAGAACUUUUGGACGUCAUAUACUAUCGGUAUAGAAAAUUUCUGGCAAUACGAAAAUGUAAUUCCAAGCGACAGAAAUCCUCAUAAAAUAUAAUUAAUUUUAAUAUAUUUGUUGGGCGCAUAUAUAUAUAUUUUUAAAUAUAUAUAGAAAUCAAAUAUAUAAUUCUUAAAAAAAUUCUCAUGCAUAAGCGAUUGUAUGAAAAGCGAUUGUACAUGACACGAGGAUACAUCUGUGAACGAAAGCGAGAAUCGGCCAUAUGUGUAUAAUACAUAAAAUACGAAGGCGCUUAUAGGCGACAUUUCGCAUUGUGCAUAGCAAUUCAAGACGCGUUGUUGAUCCAACGCGAUCUAAAUUUCAAUAUUUAGAAUAAUAGAUAGCGGUUGAAGAGUAGUAGAAUACCUCUCUGCGCACCGGUGCUAAUAUCUAUCCUUGCAUAAAUGCUUUCAUUUCUGUGUUCGCAUGUAAUGAUCGCGAUCCAUCAAACGCGUAAAAAGAUCGGUACGCUUCCAACAUCUUCGCAAUGUUUUCGGCAAAGCAAUGUGAUUUAGAUAAAACAAUCGAGCGCAUCUACCUUAACACGAUUCCCAAAAUUUGUCUUGUGAAAAAUUAAGCAAGUAACGCGAAUGUUCCUAAAGUGUCGUUUGAAUUAAAAUAAAUGAUGAGAUGGAUCUCGCGGAUAUUUUUCCCAAAGCCGCAGUUUCUUUGCCUCUCACGCUGAAAUUAAAACGCUUGGCUAGUAUAUUUCUCGAUUAGAAGCUAGAAGGUUCUCGAUGCGGUCGCGGCAUCCUCGAGGAUUAGAGCAGCAUCAGAGAUGUAUCACUCGCACAAUUUUCUCGUAUCGCACACGCGCAAAUACAUGCACAUCCUGUCACAUCGCGUACACACUUAGUUGCAUACGUGCUUUAGCGUCCAUGCGAGGAAAAGAGUAAAAUAAAAAAAAUGUAAUUAGCGAAUAUAUUCCAUGUAAUUUCUUCGAGUAAAAGCUAUUCAUCCUUUUUGUAGCUAUUCAAGUAGGCAUUCUUACGCGAUUAUUAUCUUUUGCCGCGAAAGCAAGAAUGUACUUUUCGAUCUCGUAAGCCGUCUAAGAGUUAAUUAUUAUUAAUGAAGAAUACACUAGAACUGUGUCGUAAAAUCAAGGGAGGAUUACUGUGUAAUAGUAUUAUUUUAUAAGCAAUCAAUAAUAUUAACAUAUAUAUAUACAUACGUAUAUAUACAUAUACAUAUAUAUAUAUGUAUAUAUAUAUAUCUUAUAACUAAGCUAAAAAAAGACACCGUAUCACCCCUCCUCUCCCGUCUGCGAAGAGAAAUUCAUAUAUUCAUUUCAUAAGCUCGUUUCGUCUUGAGAUUACCUUCCUAUACCUCUAUUGUUAAAUAAUAUACAUACUACGAUAUAUACAUAUAUACAUAUAUAUAUAUGUAGAUGUAUGUAUAUGUAUAUACAUAUAUAUUUAUACACAUAUAUACGUGCAUAUAGAAGCUGAUAUAGGUAUGAAUUAAACAAUAAGGUGUGUACACAUUUUAAUUUUUAUGGACAUAAUAAAAAUAUAAUUUAAUGUUCUAA